UUUACGUUUACGUUCGACUAAGUGCUAAAGUACCGACGCGACCGAUAAUUUCUGCGAUAAUCAUGGAGCAUCCGACGAUCAAUGAUCUACCAAACGAAGUGUUGGAGAUGAUAUUUGACCACCUUGAGGCGGGUGACCUGAACGACGCGUCCCUGGUGUGCCGACGAUGGUCGGCUUUGGCAUUUUCGGAGCGGCAAAUGGAUCGUGUGAAGCUAGUGCCAACAUUUCCGUGGGACAAAGAUUUGCUCCAAGGAAACCGAAAAUAUCGCCACCUUAAACUCAAAGACACUGAAAAGUGCUCUACGUUUGUGGACGAAUUAUUGCCAAUGUUCGAUAUUUCCUCAUUGCGUAUAAGAGACAAUUGUUUAUCACAUUCUUCGUUAGUGUCGAUUUUCCUGAACGCACCUAAUCUUCAGCAUUUAUCGAUUAGGUUUGAACCCAAACCAAUGAGCAAUUUUUAUGGAUCGCUCCCAGUUAUGAGAAAGUUAGAACACUUGGAGAUCAUGUAUGCUCGGAAACGUGCAGUCCCCUGGCAUACAAUUGCCCCUUCUUUGCAGCGUCUGAAAAUGUUUUGUGAGUCUGAGGACCAGUUGAAGCAGUGGAGAUUUUUUAGUGUGCAGUUAAAGCAAGUUUAUGUUACUUGCAGUAAAUCAAAUGUAUUGAACCGCUUCUGCGAAAUGACAUUCCCUCUUCUAGAAGAGUUGUCAAUAAAAUCGGAACUUAGUGUUAAUAGAUAUAAACAUGAUUUUUUUCGACGCCACGAGUUUUUUCGAAGAAACACCUCUUUGCGGCGUCUUCGACUCGAUGGCUUUCAACUAUCUAAAACGUUAGUUCAAGACAUUACGAACAACAGUAAAAAGUUGACGUCUUUAGAAAUCAUAGGCCUUGAUAAUGAAUAUGGAAGUAACUGUGAACUAGGGGCGUUGGAAUCUCUGGGGCAACUGAGUGAACUAAAGCAUCUAAGAUUAAAAAAUCUGGACACAAGGAUUUUUCUCGGAUGUGAAGCGCUUACCUCGCUUCAAUCUUUUAGUUUUGAUUUGGAAUCUUGUGACUUUGAAGAUGUUGGUCUUCACGAACGUCUUCUCGUUUUAUUGAAGGAUCUUUUCAAGAUUGCACCACAAUUGAGCUGUUUGGAAUUCGGGUCUGUUCUGACGAUGACAGAAAGCGUUCAGUUCAUUUGCAACCAUUUCACAAAACUUACUCGUUUGCAGCUGCGAUAUGGGCUAUCGCGCGAUUGUCUCUCCAGAAUCGACAGGCUACCGCAUCUUUCGUACUUAGAAUUAACGUUCAUGAAUGCAAACAGAUACUAUAUCUCCAUUAUUCCGGAAAACAAAGUUCGCUGCCUUACACUGCACCUCGGUGAGAUAUACGAUGAAGAAUACCUUCUUCAACUGCCGGAAGUUUUCCCUCAGCUCGACCGAUUGAACUUCGUCCUCUUCUACAAGGGUCUUCGUGAGUCUACUGUCGAUAGGUUACGCCAAUCAUUUCGGAGAUGCACAAUCAAAAUAUACGUCACGGUUUUCGAUAGAUAUUUCGAGCAAAAGGGUUGUCGUAUUUGGCACAAAAGUGACAUGAUGUCGGUGUGGGAGAAAGAAUGGGUAUGGAAAAAGUAG